CAACUGUAGUUUUAUUUUGGAAAGCAUCAUCGGAAGUCGUUCUGUUAACCUGCUAACGAGAAUCAUGUUUUGUUAGCCUUCCUAGCAAGCAGAUUUCAACUGGUUAACCAUAUUUCCUCACGAUUAUGUGUGAUUAAAACGGUUCAGACGCCACUCCUAGUACAGGCGGAGGAUGGCUCACCAACAGACCCCGCCUGAUGUGUCCCACAAGGCUGAGCACCUGGAGUCUGAUAACGAUUCAGACAGAGACUCAGGUGUUGGGGACGAUGCAGUCGAAGAAGCUGAUAGUUGCCAUAAAUGCAACACAACUGAAGUAGACGAGGUUAAGAAGGCAGACAGGAUGGAAGAGCACGGUGUGAAGGACGAGGACUCCACAGUAUUUGUUGCCUUUCAAGGCAACAUGAACGAUGAGGACUUCGCUCAGAAACUUGACUCGGUUCUCAGCGGGAUACCCAAUGUGCUUAAUAUGGGCUCUGAUAAGCUGCAGCCACAGUGUGUAGAGCCUUGGAACAGCGUCCGGGUAACCUUCAACAUUCCCCGAGAUGCAGCAGAGCGUCUCAGACUGUUGGCCCAGAACAACCAGCAGCAGCUCAGAGACCUGGGUAUUCUCUCUGUGCAAAUAGAAGGCGAGGGAGCAAUCAAUGUGGCUGUUGGACCAAACAGAGGACAAGAAGUAAGAGUGAAUGGACCAAUUGGUGCACCUGGUCAGAUGAGAAUGGAUGGUGGCUUUCCAGGUCAGCCUGGCCCAGGCGGGGUAAGGAUGCCCAAUCCGGCGAUGGUUCCACGUGGGCCUGGCAUGGUGGGUCAGCCUAUGUUGCCAGGCAGCAGCGGACAGAUGCACGCUCGUGCACAGAGACCACCUUUGCAGACAGGUUUAGAUGUGAUGGAUCCAAUGAUGAUUUCAGUUCAGCAGCAGCAGCAGCUUCAGCACCAACAGGGUGCUGCACAUGCUUCAGCCCCCAUGUCUGCUCAGGCUGCUCAUCACAUGCAGGCUCUGCAGGCAGGCAGACCAAUCAACCCUGCCGCACUGCAACAGCAGCAGGCCCAGCAACAAGCUCAGCAGCAGGCUCAGCUCUCCCAGCUCGGACCUCGACCUCCAUUCAACCCCACGGGCCCGAUGGGUGUGCCUCCUGGCUGGAAUCAGUUGCCCUCUGGCGUACUACAGCCACCAGCAGCCCAAGGAGGCCCUGCCUGGAGAAAACUCCCCCCUCAAAACCAAAUGGUUCAACGCCCACCGUCACUGGCUACAGUUCAGACCCCCAACCAUCCCCCACCCCCAUAUCCGUUUGGUAGCCAGCAGGCUGGGCAGUUAUUUAAUGCAAUGGGACAGGGGCAGUUACAGCAGCAACAGCCUGCAGGAAUGGGUCAGUUUGCUACGCCGCAACCUAAAAGCCAACAGGCUGGUCCAGGUGGUGUCAGCGGACCACCCAGACCCCCGCUGCCCCUACCGUCAACAUCUGGACCACAGAGCAACAUCACUGCCAAGUCACCUGGAUCGUCCUCAUCUCCGUUUCAGCAAGGUUCUCCUGGGACGCCUCCUAUGAUGGCUCAGAGACCUACGACUCCUCAGGGGUUCCCCCAGGGUGUCGGCUCACCAGGCAGAGCGGCUCUCAGCCAGCAGGGCAACAUGCAGCAAGGAUUCAUGGGAAUGCCCCAACAUGGGCAGCCGGGAGCCCAAGUCCACCCUGGCAUGGCAAAGCGUCCCAUGGGCUUUCCAAACAUGAACUUUGUUCAAGGUCAGGUGACUGGCAGCACUCCAGGAGCCCCUGUAGCAACUCAGCAGCUGCAGAACCAACAAAUGUCUCACACAGGAGCCCAGCCAGCAGCAUCUACUCCCAACUCGAUGCAGGGACCACCCCACGCUCAACCCAAUAUAAUGGCUGGUCAGAGUAGUAUGCCGGGACCACCCCCUGGCACCACAGCUGGGGCUAGUAUGGGCCAGCAGCAGCCUGGCCUCCAGACCCAAAUGAUGGGCCUCCAGCAUCAGGCCCAGCCUGUGUCCUCCUCCCCCAGCCAGAUGGUUCAAGGCCAGGGUGGAGGUCAGACUGUCCUUUCAAGGCCCAUUGGUCAAGGGCAGAGAGGAGGGAUGACCCCACCCAAGCAAAUGAUGCCACAGCAAGGCCAGGGGGUGAUGCAUGGGCAGGGUCAGAUGGUUGGAGGCCAAGGGCAUCAGGCCAUGCUCCUGCAACAGCAGCAGCAGCAACAACAACAAAACUCAAUAAUGGAGCAGAUGGUUGCCAACCAGAUGCAAGGAAACAAACAGGCAUUUGGAGGGAAGAUUCCACCUGGGGUUAUGCCUGGCCAGAUGAUGCGUGGCCCUUCGCCCAAUGUUCCUGGUAACAUGCCUCAGUUCCAGGGCCAGGUUGGCCCACAACAGAUGACUCCACAGCAGCAGCAGCAAAUGGCUCAGAUUCAGCAGCAGCAGUUACAGCAACAGCAUCAGCUGCAACAGCUGCAGCAGCAGCACCAACAGAUGAACCAACAACAGCCUCAGCAGAUCCCAAUCGCUGGUAAUCCUAAUCAAACUAUGGGAAUGCAUGGGCCACAGUUGAGACUCCCUACUGGCCAUCAUCUCAUCCAACACCAGCAACAACAGUUGCAACAACAGUUUCAGCAACAAAAACAAGUUAUGUUGCAGCAGCAGCAACAACAGGCCGCUCAGCAGCAUCCACAUGUCAUUGGAGAUCCAAAUAGUGGGACAGGGGAGUUAGGUGUGCAGCAGAUGGUCCCUGAUAUGCAAGCUCAGCAGCAGCAAGGCAUGAUGGGAGGCCCCCAGCAUAUGCAGAUGGGUAAUGGUCACUUUCCAGGUCAUGGCAUGAACUUCAACCCACAGUUUGCUGGUCAGAUGCCAGUUGGAGGACCAUGUGGACAGCCCGGUGGCUUUCCUGUUAGCAAAGAUGUUACACUGACCAGCCCACUGCUGGUCAACCUACUGCAGAGUGAUAUCUCAGCAAGCCAGUUUGGACCAGGGGGGAAGCAGGGAGCUGGUGGGGAUAAUCCAGCUAAACCCAAAAAGAAGAAACCACCCCGAAAGAAGAAGCCCAAGGAGAGUGAUGGACAGCAGGAAGUCGAGGGACUUGGUGGCCUUGAUGGGACUGUUGGCAUGGAAGAUACAGAUUUGCCAAAUCUAAGUGGGGAGCAGGGUUUGGGUUUGGAAAGCUCCGGGCAAAAACUCCCCGAUUUUCCUAAUAGGCCUUCAGGCUUUCAAAAUCAGACUGGAGAACAGAGAGUUCUGCAACAGGUACCGAUGCAAUACAUACAGCAACAACAACAGCAGCAGCAACAACAUCAACAACAACAGCAGCAGCAGCAGCAGCAACAACAACAUCAACAGCAGCAGCAGCAGCAUCAACAGCAGCAGCAGCAGCAACAUCAUCAAAUGCAGCAAAUGCAACAGCAGCAUAUACAGCAACAGCAAAUGCAGCAGCAAAUGCAACAUCAAAUGCAACAGCAGCAAAUGCAACAACAACAGCAGCAGCAACAACAACAAUUGCAACAAAUGCAGCAGCAACAGCAGAUGAUACAAAUGCAGAAUCUUCAGAAUGCUCAAGCACAGCAAGGGAUGCCAGGGUCACAACCACCAGGACAAAGUCAACCACAGAUGCAUCAGCUGCAGCAGCAACAGCAACAACAACAACAACAACAACAGCAGCAGCAACAGCAAUCACAACAGCAACAGCUGCAACAGCCCACCCUACAACAACAGCAGCAGCAGAUGAUGAUGAUGAUAAAGAUGCAACAGGAAUCCAAGAAUCGCAUGCCCAUGCCCCCAGGAGGGCAGCUUCCUCCUAGAAGUUUAGGCAAUCCAACAGACGUGCAGAGGCACCCUGUUUCGCAGCAGGGAAACAUGCCUGUAAUGAUUAACCUUCAAGGGCAUGGUGGUGUCCCACCCUCACCUGACAAAGCCAGGGGGAUGCCCCUAAUGGUGAACCCACAACUCUCAGGUGCUGCACGAAGAAUGUCUCAUCCAGAUGUAGGACAAGGACCUCAAGGCAGUGGGUCUGAAGAGGUCUCCACUGGUCCCCACACAAAGCAAGACAGACCUGCUGGCUCAGAAAUUGGAGUUCAACCUGGAAAUGGGACACAGCAGAUGGUUUCCAGCCAGACGUCCAACCCUCAAAUGAUGAAGCAAGGUCCUGGGCAAACAACAAUGCCUCAACAUACUGGGGCCAGUCCUCAGCAGCAGUUAACCACUCAGCCCCAGCAAGGAGGCCAUAUGCCUGGCCUUCAUUUUCCCAGUGUCCCAACGUCCUCACAGAGCUCAAGACCCAAAACCCCAAACAGAGCAAGCCCUAGGCCGUACCACCAUCCCCUCACUCCGACUAAUCGACCACCAAGCACUGAGCCCUCAGAAAUUAACCUUUCGCCUGAGAGACUAAACGCCUCCAUUGCAGGCUUGUUUCCUCCCAAAAUUAACAUUCCUCUUCCUCCAAGACAGCCAAACCUUAACAGGGGAUUUGACCAACAAGGUUUGAACCCAACAACUCUGAAAGCCAUAGGCCAGGCUCCCCCUAGCCUUACUCUGCCAGGCAACAACAAUAACGGCAAUUUAGGAGGAAAUAACUCUAACAAUCAACAGUCUGCUGGAGCCGGUGUAGGGGUUUUAGGUGCCAAGCAAGAUAAACAGUCUGGGGGUCAGAAUAAAAGGGCAAGUCCUAGCAACAGUCGUAGGUCGAGUCCGGCUUCCAGUCGAAAGUCUGCCACUCCAAGUCCAGGAAGGCAGAAGGCGACAAAAAAUACCAUGAAUUGCCCUCCUCACCAGCAGCAGAUGGUUAACCCUCAAGGACAAACCAUGAUGCUAAGUCCUUCCUCUGUACCACAGAGUCCAGUAUCAAUGCCUUCACAAGCUGGCGGAGCCAUAGAGACACAGCAGAGCCAGAGCUCCCUCCAUGGUAUUCAUGGUAACCCUGUUGAUGGAUUUAGGGAAAAUCAGGGAAUAAUGCCACCAGAGCAGCGACCAAUUGCUCAACCUCCAGCCCAGACACAGCAAUUUAGAGAUUUGUCAUCGCCAAGAAUAAGCCCUCGUAUGCCAGCACAUCAGGUUCUCAAACCUGAUGUUGAGACGCAGGCCAACACAGUUGACAGACCCCCAACACAUCUAGCUACUGGACAGGACUCAGAGGUCUCACCUGCUCUUAAAGCAGCUCCAACAUCCCUUAACCAGUUACUGGAUAACGCAAAUAUUCCAAACAUGUCACUUCGGCCCUCGCAAACAGGGAAUGACAACAAGUCUACUUUGGAUCCAGAUAGACCUGUAUCCAGCAGUUCUCAGAACGCAGAUAAGUCAACAUCUGUCGUUACUACAGCCGCUGCUCCUGCUACUGCCGCAAAUGAAACUCCAGCUAUACCUAGAUCUGCUCUAAUUCCUACCAGUGGUUCUGCCUUGCCACCUACUUCAAUUCCAAGCUCGCACCCAUCCACUGCUGCAAACUCUAGUAGUACCCUUAGUCUUAAACACAACCCAUUACCUAACUUUGUAAAUUCAAAUGUAAAUCCAGCAGCUACUCUUACCAGCUCAGUCUGCACUAACACCAAUGCCAAUCCAGGUCUAAGCACCAGUAUGCCUGCUUCCGGUCAGAACACUUUUGCCUCCUCUGUUAGUGCCAGUUCUGCAGUAAACGCUGCCAGUUCAGCUGUCAAACCAAGCCCCAGUCCAAAACCUGUGACCAGUGUUCAAUCAGUCAUACAGAUCCCCGCGUCAUCUAGUAACAUUUCCCCCAACCAGAUAACAGUGUUUGUUACAUCAAACCCCAUUACAUCUGCACCCACUUCACAGGUGCCAACAUCAAUGGUGUCCACCAUGGUGGCCGUCCCUAACAAGAAUAUAAGGCCUCAAGACAUCCGGCAUCAGAGUUCUGGCCCUCGACCUGCACAAUUUAUUACCACUACACCUGUAUUUAUUAACCCAAUUUUCCAGGUCCCAGCUUCCUCUGUGGCACCUAAUUCAGGAGUUGUAUCACAGUCUGUUACCAUGGUGGGGUCUUUACAGGUCUCAGCUGCAAACAUCCAUCUUUCUCAUGCCCCUAGCUCCUCUCAAACAACAGGGGCUACCAUGACAAGCGCUCAGUCUAACAGGAGUGGUCUUGGACAGGUCCACAUAACCACUAGUAUGUCGCCAUCAGGGCCAGUUAGUACUCUUGUAGCUCCUCAGCAGUUUAACCAAGGAAGCAUCAAACCAGAAACUCCAAGUGAGGCGAGUUCCUCUCAGAAAUCUGCUGUCCCGGUGCAUCAGCCUUCUCCCCACCCAGGCCCGUCUGUAUCAGCUUCCUUUCAGCCACCUCUGGCUUCUCCGCCUCCUUGCUCCAGCCCCAUGGCUGUUCGAAAGAGUCCUGUGCCUCCAUCCCCUGCUUCCCAAAUGAAACCAAUGCCCACAUCGGUCACUGUAUCCGUUUCUGGCAAAGGCGACUCCCAACAAACUACUGUAGAAAGGCCUCUGCAGAGUCAUACAGGGGGUGUCCCACAGCAGGUCUUUCUACAUCCUGCUAAUCAGACUGAAACACAAGCUCCUCAUACUACUGUUGUUGGUUCAAAUAAUAAUCCACCUGUGAUUUCUAAAGAAAUCCCCAGUCAAGUUACAGUUCCUACUCAGAUUGUUGGACAGGCUCCUGCACCAGUCUCAGUCCCAAAUCAGCCACCACCUGUAAAUUCUCAAGCUCCCGUUGCGACUGUAGUUGGCUCCGGGGUUUCUUCCAGUGCUUUGCUUUCUACAGUCCCUCCCAUACAAUCUUCUGUAACAUCUGUUCUUCCGAUUGUUGCUGCAAGCGGACCCGAUGAGGCUUCCCACAUCACCUCCUCCCCUACUGGUAUUCCCAGUGCAGUUCCAGCAAGCCAGACAGAUGUCCCAGCUGCAGAGCCUUCUGUGCCGCCGCCAGCAGAAGCAGCAGCAGCAGCUGAAUCCACCCAGGCCACCCCAGCACCGCUGCAGCCAGAAGCCUCACAGGAGCCUGCCUCAACUGAGAAGACGGGUGAAGACAUCUCAACAGGUUCAGAGCAGGGAUGGGCAAAGAAAAGAAAGACGCCCAUCAACAUAGUCCCAAGAGCUGCUGUGGAGAAGCCCAAGGGGCCAAGCAGACGGAGCUCCCGAGCUGAGAAGGAGGCAGAGGAGGAGCCGGCGGUAGACAGCGGCAUCCGGAAGAGGUCAGCCAGGCCUGGAACCAGUGCUGCAGUCAAAGAAACCGCAGCAAGUCCCACCCAAGCCAAACGAAGGAAGUCUAAAUAGGCACAACGGUGGUCGUUUACCUGUGAACUGUACUGUAAAUGUUUUUUUUUUCUGCUGUGAAUCAGUUGACCUUAGUUUCUCUGGCUCAGUUUAAAACUUAAACUAGAGGAAGAUACUAUGUACAGAUUGUUUUCUGAAAAAAAAUAAAGCUAUUGUUUUGUUGACGCUUAUGUGUGAUUGUAGCUAGAAUGUGUGUAUACAGUUUGUGUGAAUGUGCUAUUUUUUUUUCUAUAAAAUGCUGGAUUAAUCAUGAAGAUUGAUAAUGAAACUCACCAUUUACUGUAUGAUUAAGUUGUAAAAUCAAAUUAAAUUUUCUACUGCUUUUGUUCUGUGAAAUGA